AUGACCCCGCCUUGGGUAACUUUUGACAGCAUUACGGCGUGCGGUGGUGACUACGCCAAUGGCGCUGAGCCAGAUAUUGGUGGUGUUGGGGUCGUCCUCUCCUUUGUCAUCGCAAGCAUCAUGACCACGGCGGCCAGCAUCUUCGCCAUGAUCCUCGACCAAGCCUACGAUUCAAAGGGCCAGUUCACACCAAGCGCGACUGUCAAGUACAUUCGAGAGCGGUUUGUGGAUACAGAAUGGAAGAAGGAAUAUGCGUGGCGGCCCUUCCUUGACCCCCUCAUCAUUAGGUUUGGUGAUCAGCAACUCGUCACGGGAUAUGCUGUGCUGCCCAGCGGCUGGAUCAAGGUGGCGCAAAACACGUUCGAAGUCCAAGGCGCUCAUUUUGUCCUCAUCCUAUACAUUUGCGCACUCUCCUCGUCCUCUCAACUCGCCGCGCUCAUUACACUACGCAAAUACUUUCGCAAAUACCGCAUGGUUGCAAAGACUCGUCUUACGGCAGUCAUUGUGUUUGCUGUGUUUCUCCUCACAUCCAUGAUUGCUGCCAUCUGCAGGCCACCCACAGGAUAUGAAUAUGGCGGCGCCCUUGUGUGCAUCUUCCACAACCCCAGAGGCCAUCCGGUUUUAGUCCGCGCAUCGGCGUCGUCCAUCACUUCCAAGCAAGGCCUGAUCCGACGAGCCGCAAAGCCAUUCUCCCCAGCACAAGUCAGCCUCAAAGUGAUUUACUAUCUCUUCCAGAACCCAAUCAUCGCCUUUGCAGUCCAAAUACUGCUUGCUGUACUGUCUGUCAUUUUGAUCCUAAGCCAGAAAGUCUCAGUACCACGUAAUGCAGAGCAGUUCUGUGGGCCGCAGCACAGUGAAGAGAACGUGUGGGGCUUUGGCAGACGCUGA